AUGGAGUUGGAGGUACAGAUGGAGAUUGUCAUGGAUGUUCUCCAAACAUCACUCACCCCGCCACAAGAAAACUCUGCUUCUGGGGGACUUUCCAGUAGCUCAGGGCCAGAGGAGUACAAAGUUCUGCACGCACUCCUCAAGUAUGUGAGCAUGGUGUGGGAAAAGAGAGGUCAGAGAGACAUCCGGCCUCUCAAGGUGCAUGGAAUUUACAGUCCUGGUGACAUGAUCGUUCCAUAUGUGAAUCCGAACACGCCAUCCUCAUGCUUCCGCCUGGUGGACAUCGACGAAUUUGACAACAAAUGUGUGGACUAGCAGGAAGCAGCAGAGGCAGGCCUGAGUGGGGUGGAUGAGCUCCCAUGGCAACAGUACAUGUUUCAGGCGUUCCCUGCAGCCUUGCAGAACUCUCUCUUCAACACCAAGAAUCAAGCUGUGAAGGAACAAGCCCAAGGUGUGGUGCUAAAAGCACUCACAGAGUUCAAGAGCAGAGAGACUGGGCGGGUUGUGCAGUCACAAGACAAAAACAGCCUUGACUUGUCAAUGAGGCACAUUGACAUAGGCUUUGAGAAGCCCACAGAAAACCAUGCAGUGUUACUCCAGGUGCAUGAAAAGGCCUUAGCAGUAGGAGGAUUGUGCUCCAUUACAAGAGUUCUUACAGCAAGAAAGACUGUUUAA